AUGUCCCUUCCACCUCCCCCAACUGACCUGUCUUCCACCCCAGAACUUGACCGUGUCCCUCCACCCCAGAACUUGACCUGUCCUUCCACCCCAGACCGUGUCCUCCACCCCCAAGAACUUGGAACAGAAUCACCUCCACCCCCAGAACCUGACCGUCCCUUCCACCCCCAGAACUUGACCGUGUCCUUUCCCACCCCAGAACUUGACCGUGUCCCCCCCCCAGAACUUGAACGUCCUUCCACCCCCCUGACUGUCCCUCCCACCCCAGAACUUGAUCACCCCCAGAACUCUAACAACCUGACCAAAGUCCUUCCAACCCCAGAACUUGACAAAUCCUUCAACCCCCCAGAACCUGACCGUGUCCUUCCACCCCCAGAACUCGACCAAACCUCAAUUCCAGAACCUGACCGUGUCCUUCCACCCCAAGAACUUGACAGCAACUUCCCCUAA